AGCAUAGAGUUAAUACGAGCCCGACUCACGACCGAAUGAAACACAAUAUGGCUUUCAAGCUCGUGCGUAAACAUUAUUAUUUUUUUUUACCAACAGUUGGCAAGAGGCAAGAAGAGACUGUUCUCGAUUCUCAUCGGGAUACUACAAAGUAAUCGCAGCUACCUGCAAUCAUUUAUUCGGAAAGUUCGACUACUGGAAUGACGUCGACGGGGCGGGGACCGACGGCUUCACUCGAGCGUCAGAUCGUGUACCGGUAUAGGGAAAUUUUCGAAAUGCGUCUCACUUAGAGGAAGGCUAGACUCGUGUGAGUAACGCGCGCGGCUUUGUGGAAGAUCGGGGCACAGCCGGUCUUUUACCCCUGACUGCAAGGACGUAUGAGUUGAGGACAGUUGUUUUUUUCAUAUUCUAAUAAUGGAUACGUCUAAAUAGUAGUUGGCUCAAAGGUUUUGUGUGAAUUUGAAGCGAUCGACCCCGAUAUCGAAUUAUCCACAACGACAGCUUCUCUGAACUCAAAGAAAACUAGAGGACCAUUCACUUACCAGACAGCUAGUGUGAAAACCAAAACACUUCAUUGUUUUUAAAUAUCAUUGCUUCUCUACAUUGUUCCUCACAAAAGAGAUUCCAAUCGAGCCAUCCAAGCCUCGUGUUUAUUUUUCACUCUUGGACAAAUCUGCAAGAAAGAGAUUUGAUAUUCAAUUUCAGUGUUACGGCGUGUUCUGACUUGUUUUCGUGAAUAAUGUGUUCUUGAAUUUACAAUGCUGCCUUGAGAUGUAGGUUCACGGGGAAUAGCCGUUGAACAAUCCACAACUGAAAAGAAGGUUAGGCGAGGCAAGCGAACAGCGUAACAGACUGAGGAAUUAAUUUUUCCUCGUACCCCUCAAAGAAUAAAAAGUAUCCAAGACAGCUGAAGAGUACGUUUGGGAUAACAACAUCUAUUUUAAGACCGUUAUCUGAUCUCUUGUUACGGUCUCAGAUUUAAGGAACACAAGCCAUCGUUCACACAUCACUCACAAGAGAACUAAUGAGUUAACCGACUGUUCAAAGUUGUUUAUUUUUACACGCGUCCAGCGUAACGCAUAACCAUUCACAGUCAUGAUCAAAAUGCAUCUCCGCUCACAAGGAACUGCCCGCAUUAUCUGUAAAUAUCUCUGUAGCGUAGUAAUCACCACCCUUGUACUGCACAGUCAAUCACCGUCAUGUGUCGUGCACGCCCAAACUCAGACGUGUCUUCCAACAUCAGGUUGCUACCCACCAAUCCAAGACAUUCUAAAAGACCCGCUGGAUUCUUUUCCUUCCCGGACCUUGACAGUCAGCUCCACAUGCGACGAGAAUUCCGCGGGGGACGGCUCGUACCUCAGUCUAGGCGGGUCUGUCAGCACGUUCACGUGUACGAAUGCCAACGUCCAGCCAAACAACAUGUUGGACAACGAGACGACGGAAGGAACGCCCACUUACUGGCAGUCAAAGAAUAUGGUGGAGAGCAGUGGGGUAGCGCCAGAACAGCAGUCUGUCGUGUUCAACUUCACGGAUGAGUUCAUUCUCCACUUGGUGACGGUCAAGUUCGCCGCUCUCCACGUGACUUCAUCUUCAAAUUCCGCAGACGCGAGACCUGCCUCCUGGACCAUCGACACCUUCAACUCGGAGACAUCCAGCUGGACAACCAUGCGUUCGUUCGCCAAGGACUGCGCCAGUUCCUUCCCCGGGACCCCGCUCUUUGAUCCGUUCGCCAGCAACACAGACUAUCGUGCCGUGCUGUGCGUGCAGUAUAUUCCGUACGAGGACGGGGACCCGUUCUACGAUGACGACAAUUAU